UCUAUUAUUAAUUAAUGUUAUGAAAUUUGUAGUGGCGAAAAUGGAGCCAUUUUACAUUAUGGUCAUGCUGGUGCUCCUAAUGAUAAGACAGUAGAAGAUGGUGAUAUGUGCCUAUUUGACAUGGGUUGUGAGUACUAUUGUUAUGCAUCAGAUAUCACAUGUUCUUUCCCAGCAAAUGGAAAAUUUAAUGAUAAGCAGAAACUUAUUUAUGAAGCUGUAUAUAAAUCUAGUAGAGCAGUGAUGGCUGCAGUAAAACCAGGGGUAAGCUGGGUUGAUAUGCACAAACUUGCAAAUAAAGUGCAUUUAGAAGAAUUAAAAGCAGGUGGUUUACUCAAAGGAGAUGUGAAUGAUAUGUUGAAAGUCAAUUUAGGAGCUGUUUUUAUGCCGCAUGGUCUUGGACAUUUUAUGGGAUGUGAUGUACAUGAUGUUGGUGGUUAUAUCGAGGGAACACCAGAGAGACCUACAGAGGCUGGUUUACGUUCUUUAAGAACAGCUCGAGUUCUGAAAGCAGGAAUGGUGUUAACUAUUGAACCUGGAAUAUAUUUCAUUGAUCAAUUGUUAGAUGCAGCCUUCAGUAAUCCAGAACAAGCUAAAUAUUUGGUCCAUGAUGCUAUACAAGAAUUUCGAAAUUUUGGUGGUGUUCGGAUUGAGGAUGAUGUUCUUAUCACAGAAAAUGGGAUGGAAAAUUUAACAUGUGUACCACGAACUAUAAAAGAAAUUGAAGAUUUGAUGGCAGAAGGUCAAAAGGAUACAAUUACUUUUCCUCAACAGAAAUUGCAAUAAACUACUUUAUAAUGAAUGUUUUGCCAAGACUGCAAUAAAUAUAUAUUUUUAUACAUUAUAUAAACUGAUGCACUAAUGGAUUACAAACUUGUUAAGGACUAUUGUAAAAAAUUCAAAUGUAAUGUAAAAUGUUUAAUGAAGAGAAUAUAUUAAUACAAUUUA